UGACAUUUAGUUACAACGUUUUUGACCGAAAACAGGGAAAUUUUUCAAUUGGUUGGAGAGUAUCAGUCGGCAACAUACAAUCCUUGUGUUUGCAACUCAUGAUGAAGUCAUGUAGUAUGAUUUUAGCUUUUAUUUCAUUUGCUUUAAACUUGGUUUUAAAGGCAGAUUCUUCAAACAAUAAUUGCGAGGGAAAACACUAUAAUUGCUGCGAAGGUUAUACCUUUGAUUUCCAAACAAAUAGCUGUAAAGAAUGUAACAUCGGAUUUUUUGGACCAAACUGUUCAAUGAAGUGUCCUUCCAGAACGUAUGGUAGACAAUGCCAAGAAAUUUGCAGUUGCCAGGAGCCUUGCCACCAUGUCUAUGGAUGUGGCCUGUCAGGGGUAACAACUACCCGUACAGGUAUUGAAAUGGAGAAAAACCUUGAAUUCUCGAACAAACCUACCUUCCAAACCUCAGUCUUUAAAAAUGAUCAUACUAGUUUUGCAUCAAUAUCUACCUCUAUUCGGUUCCAUUGGAAAGCAAAUUUGAAACCAAAUUUAAAUCCCAAAACAACUAAUCCUGAACAUAUGAGCCACGGACUUCUGGCAAUCGUGAUAUCGAAUACACUUCUUACUCUACCAGUGACAACCGUGGUAAUUAUAUUCAUUUGCAGAAAAUUCAAGAGGAAAAAACUGAAAAUAAAAAAUGAAGAAGAGACAAAUUUGCAAAAUGAUGAUUCCUGUUACAAUGAUUUGAAUGAAAUAAGCACAUGUGUCAAAACUUCCGAAUAUGAUUCACUUUCCAUUUGCACAGUAGAGGUAGAUGCUACUUCUAGAACAAACCUUGCAUGCAACGGAGGUGGUCCAGCCCAAAGAAAAGCCCGUGAAAACAGCUAUGUUCCGGUUAAAGAGAAAAAAGCUAAAGAAAACGACGAAACAAUACAUAAUAAUGACAUAUAUGCCAAAGUCAAAAGAAACCAAACUCCGGCGGAUUAUAUAUCCAUGGAUAGUAGCAUCACUGUUGAAACCAUGGAUACCAACACUACGAUAAGUGACCUUCAAUCGGUAGAUGAAUCCCUUUAUAUUGUGCCCUUACUGCCCACUGCUGAUGAACCAGGGAUUCGCAUUAAAUCUCCGAAAAGCUCAAUUUCCAUCCCCAGUAUUGAUGUAGAAGAAAGGAAGAAUACUGACAGAGAAGGCAACAUUUAUACAGAUAUAAUGUAAAGGAAUAUGACUGUAAAUUCAAACCAAAUGAUCAGGUUUAAUCGCUUGACACAGGAGGAAAGAAAGAGGAAAGAGGAAAACAUGAAUCAAAAGUUUUGUUUAAAUCUUUAUAUAUAUGAAAAGAUAAGACUAGUGUAAUUAUUUAUGGAUUCCAACAAAGCAAAUUUUUAAAGAAGUCUUUUAUAAUUUGCUAUAUCCCUUCAUGAGGUCAGUCAACAGGUGUCUCAUCUCUAGAAAUUGUCCCUGCUUUAUAACUAAAGGAACCCGAGUUUGUACAUUGUUUGGGUCGUUUACAUAUCGUCACCUUCGCCUUUUAUUUGCUUGUGAAAUAUUCAAAAGCGACUUUUUCUCUUCAUUUCUGUACAUUAUUUCACCACUCUUCCUGUAGGGAAUUGAAAAAGGAUAAACUUCUUUUUUCUAAAAGAACUUUGUGAAUAAACUUUUAC